UGAACUAUACAACCUACCAAAGACGAACGUCGGGGGCGCCAAAUUGAAAAUGUUUUAUAUUUGAACAUGAUUGCGACAUUGCGAACCGUUCAGUUUGAUUUUGCACGUCGCCGGGAACACAGGUGUCGUGGGGUGUUGUGGAUUUGCGAGAAGAACUUUGGAGUUGAGUCGACUUUUUUCAUACGAAAAAGUGGAACCUCGUCGUAUACGGGAGCAUCUGAAGAGAAGUGCGUCGCAACAAGAUCGAUAAUCAUUUUUGGGAUGGUGUUAACCGUUUAGUGAAUUGAAUAGUGCAACAAGUGGGUGAUAAAAGAUCAAAGAAGGAAAAACCUAGUGCUCAUAGGUGACUCAGGAGUUGUGUAUUUCUUAUCGUGAUUGCGCUGACGUUGAGGCGUAUCUAUACAGUGCUUGAGGCGUGAAAGCGGCGACACAACAAUGAAGAUCCGGGAGCCGAGGAUGGCGUUGUUCUUUGUGCUAUUGGCGGUGCUGCUGAUGGCGAAUUCGGUUCCUGCUCAACAGUACACGGCUGUCAAAUCUGUCCACACAUCAGAACCGAUCGGUAGCGGAGACUUUGUGAGAUUCCCUUCAUCCAACCAACAACAACACCCAGCUGGAUCAGGAGCCAUUUCUGCGCGAUCGAUCGGCGAUAGUCCGGUGGUGUCGGAUAGCAAGAUUAUCAAGCUGUCGAUCAAAUCGAACGAUCCUCGGGUGGCAUCCGGGUUUAGGGGAGCUCGCAAUCUGGGAUUCGUGGCUGAUGCAUCGCUUAAUGCAAUUCCCGGGGGAUUGAACAACGAGUUGGACGUUAAGGUUCCGAUUAUUCCUACGACUACGGGUUCAACGUUAGCUCGGGACAGCUAUGGGAAUGUCGUUACACCUUAUGCCGAACUUGGAACUACAGGAUUGGAUGCAAGUGGAUUCGAUUUGAAUCGGAAUCCGCAGCAAGCGGGAAAUCGUAAUCAGAUCGGAAACUUGAAUUUCAAGGUUCCCAGCUAUGCUUCGGGGAUCUUGGAGCCGGUGAUUUUACCGCCUAACCCUCCGGCUAGUUUUGUUCAGCAACCUCCGGUUCAGCAACAGACUACGACAACGACGACACCUGUUCCGAGAACUACUCAGUUCCAGUUUGUAGCUAACGCAAAAAUUCCAACUGUUGAUGAAGCUAACAGCUUCUUCGGACAGGUUUCUGGAGGAUCCAGUGCUCCGGGUUCAUCAUUCCAGUUUGUUCCAGAUGCAAAAAUUCCAACGAUUGAAGAUGGACAAAUUUUGUUUGCCCAGAAACCGAUUAAUGGAUUGGUUCCGCCACGAUUUCCAGGGGAACUUGGGCCCACAUUCAACAUUGAAGUUGGUACUGAACGAUCAACGAUUUUCGUUAAAGAUCCUUUCGGUGGAGCUUCCUUAGAUAGUUUGUUCAGCCUUCCAAAUGAUCGACCGGCGAUAGAUUUCAACAACCGAGGAUCAGCUCAGCCUAUCGGACCUCCUCAACUACCUCAACAGCCUCAGCUUGCACCUCCUCAGGUUCAGCAACAGCCACCUCAAAUUCACCAACAGCCGAAGCAGCCUCAAGGUCCUCAACAACCCCAGAUACCUCAACAGCCUCAACUUCGUCCAACGGAAGCACCUGUUCAAAAAUUCACCGGCUCAUUCGGUGGAGCUCCAGGACUCCUCGGGAAUCAACAGAACCUCGGAACGGCCUACACCACUACAGCGUCUCCAAAACAACCAAUCCUUCCUCAAAUUAGACCGACACCUCCUCCUCCACCUCCACCACCAACCCAGUUCAUCACAACCCCUCGACCAGCUCCACCAACCCAACCAGCACCAAACAAAUUCACCGGAAGUUUCGGAGGAGCCCCAGGCUUCCUGGGCAAUCAACAAAACCUAGGCACAGCUUACAAACCAACAACUCCUCAGCCUCAAAUCCCUCAACCUCAACCGCCAAUCCCCUUCCAACCACCUCAACAACCCCAGCAACAAAUCCCCAACAUCAUCCGACCUCCGGCACCAUUCCAACCUCCAACGGUCCAACAUAACCCACCUCAGCAACCUCCCCGACCACCUCCAGUCCAACAAUUCCCCGGAAACAAGUUCACCGGAAGUUUCGGUGGAGCUCCCGGACUCCUCGGCAACCAAAAGAAACCAGGCACCCACGUUAGUCCCGAUGGCUCCAUUCUGCCACCUUCCGGUCCCGGGCUCAACGCCGGAGCAGUUCAUCAGAAUCAUCCAGCACCUCCACAACCACCACACCAACAACCAUCGCAACAACACCCACACCAACAACAGCAGCCACGACCAGUUUCGAGUGGAAGCACCUUUACCGGAAGUUUCGGGGGACCACCGGGAAUUUUGCGCCCCUUUGAUAACGUUAAACAGGGGUAGUUAAGUUCAAGUAAAAGGUUUUCUCGUGAGAGCCUCCAUUAUCCUUACAGGAAUGUCAUCUUUUCUCUAUUUAGCAUAAGUAAGACAGUUAGUUAUGAACAGAACAUAACAUAACAGCGGAUAACUUAGCACUCGUAAGCCCUAGGUUGUAGAGGAUCGAAUCCUGCUCUGACGUGACACAAAGUUUGAUGCAUUUUAAUUUUAAUUAUAGUAAUUGGAGCGAAUAAAUUAUUUGAAUUUUACAUCAAAUGAA